AUGGAAAAUGGGAGCGAUGAUAAGGUCUAAGGAAUUUGUCUCUAAACCUUUCCUUCUUCUAUCUUUGGGAAGGGAUCCGUGUUCAUUGGAUCUUGUUCUCUCUGCUGCUUAUGUGUGGACCAGAUUUACCUCAAAUCCAAUCCAAGACUCCAAACAAAUUAACUUCAGACAUCAUCAUUGUAGCUAAAUUCCUUAUUUCUGAAAUAUAAUCUGAGUACUGAUGAGUUUAAGUCCAACAACUGCAACACGAAGCAAACUUAGGAAUCUAAAUCGUCUAUCAGCGCAUAUGGUCUUUGGUGACAUCCAGUUAUAUAUGAACAGAAUUCAUGACUACACUUUCAGGGAAGUUAUUGAUCGGAAAAUGUUGCUGUAGAUAGAUACCGAAUCAAUACGGUUAGAAUGGCCAAGGAACAUGGCGGAUCACCAAAAUAUAACCAGUUAGAAGCAAGGAAGAAUAAUCUGACGUGGAUCUUAGCUUUGAGUGCACUCUGUAUUUUCUUCUACGUAUUGGGAGCUUGGCAGAGCAGUAUCUCCCCUACAACCCACACCGAAUUCCUCAACAGAGUUGGAUGUGAAAACGCAUCGAAAGAAGCCCCUGAUUCAUCAUCAUCAUCAUCAUCACCAUCAUCAUCAUCUGCGUUCUUGGAUUUCGAAAGCCAUCAUCAGUUAGUGAUGGAAGAUACGCAAGAGAUACAGAAGUUCCCAGCAUGCAGUAUGUCCUUCAGUGAAUAUACUCCAUGUCAAGACAGAGAUAGAGGAAGGAAGUUCGAUCGAGAUAUGUUGAAAUACAGAGAGAGACAUUGUCCCAGUAAAGAUGAACUCCUCCAUUGCCUAAUACCUGCACCACCAAAGUAUAAGCUCCCCUUCAAAUGGCCGCAGAGUCGAGAUUAUGCCUGGUUCAACAACAUUCCUCACAAAGAGCUUAGCAUUGAGAAAGACCUGCAAAACUGGAUUAAAGUUGAAGGUGACAGGUUUAAAUUUCCAGGAGGUGGUACUAUGUUCCCUCGUGGAGCUGAUGCUUACAUUGAUGAUAUCAGUGAACUCAUCCCUCUCACUAAUGGAACCAUCCGGACUGCAAUUGAUACUGGGUGUGGAGUUGCAAGCUGGGGCGCAUAUCUGCUCAAGAGGGACAUAAUAGCGAUGUCUUUUGCACCAAGGGAUACACACGAAGCUCAAGUAUGGUUUGCAUUAGAACGUGGAGUUCCUGCUGUUCUUGGCAUAAUGGGAUCACAGAGACUUCCUUACCCCGCUAGAGCAUUCGACAUGGCUCAUUGUUCUCGCUGCCUAAUUCCAUGGAGUAAAUACGAUGGACUAUAUUUGAUCGAAGUGGAUAGAAUUUUAAGGCCCGGCGGUUACUGGAUCCUUUCCGGACCUCCUAUCCGGUGGAAGCAAUACUGGCGUGGUUGGGAAAGAAGUAAAGAAGAUUUGAAAGACGAACAAGAUGGUAUUGAGGAUGUUGCCAAACGACUUUGUUGGAAAAAAGUCAUAGAAAAAGAUGAUCUUGCUGUGUGGCAAAAGCCGAUCAACCAUAUUGAUUGUAUCAAAAGCCGAAAGUCACAUCACAAGCCACAUAUGUGCAAAUCAGGCAAUCCCGAUGAAGCUUGGUACAAACAACUCCAAGGUUGCAUUACACCCAUGCCGGAGGUAACCAGCUGGGAUGAAGUUUCCGGUGGGGCCCUCGAGAAAUGGCCGGAAAGGGCAUCGGUUGUUCCUCCUAGAAUCAGCAACAACUGGGUAACAGGUAUUACAGCGGAGAAAUUUCAAGAGGAUAAUAAGCUUUGGGAAGAGCGGGUUUCACACUAUAAAAGCAUAGUUGGUGCUUUAUCUCAAGGGCGAUAUCGUAAUAUAAUGGACAUGAAUGCAUACAUCGGGGGAUUUGCAGCAGCUAUGAUGAAAUAUCCCGUUUGGGUAAUGAACGUGGUUCCGGUGAACUCGCAGCCUGACACAUUAGGGGUUGUUUAUGAACGAGGAUUCAUCGGGGUGUAUCAUGACUGGUGUGAGGCGUUUUCAACUUACCCACGAACAUACGAUUUCAUCCAUGCAGGUGGAGUGUUCAGCAUAUAUCAAGAUAGGUGUGACAUAACGGAUAUUCUACUGGAAAUGGAUAGAAUCUUGCGGCCUGAAGGGACUGUUGUGUUCAGAGAUGAGGCUGAUGUGAUUGAGAAGAUUGAAAAGAUAGCACAACGUAUGAGAUGGAAUACGAAGAACGUUGACCAGGAAAGUGGACAAUUUGCGAUGGAAAAGAUUCUUGUUGCUUUUAAGAGCUACUGGACUGGUGAAGAUAAAGACGAGCAACAUGCAUGAUGCUAAAUCUGAAUAGAAAGGGUAUGUAACUUGUCUCUAAUGUGUAUUCUUUGUAGGUAGGAAGUGUAAUUUAAAUUGUUUUGAAUUUGUUUUUUCCAACUGUCUAGUUUGUUUUGGUGCUUAGAACAUCUAAUUGGUAGGAAAAAUGGUGGGAACAUGAGAAUUUUCCAAUAUGGGCCAGGGUAAAAAUAGUUAAUGCGCAUAUAAAUUUGGCUGAA